AUGAAUUAGGUCAUUCUUUAUCUGAUGUUGAAAAAGUAAUAAAACCUGACUAUACAAGUUCAGAAAUUAGUGGCAAAGAAAAUAAAGAAAAUAUAUUUUAUAUUAUUCAAAUUCUAUGGUGA